CCUGAGCGGAGAGGACACGGAGGAGACACUCCACCCCAAUGAGAACUACGACUCAGAGCUGCAGGCGCUGCACGAGAUGGUGCAGCAGAAGGUGGUGACGCUGCUCAGCGACUCGGAGAACAUUGUCAAACAGUCGCUGAUGGAGAACGGCAUCACGCGCCUCUGCGUCUUCUUCGGCCGGCAGAAAGCCAACGACGUGCUGCUGUCUCACAUGAUCACCUUCCUCAACGACAAGAACGACUGGCACCUGAGAGGCGCCUUCUUCGACAGCAUCGUGGGCGUGGCGGCGUACGUGGGCUGGCAGAGCUCGUCCAUCCUGAAGCCCCUCCUCCAGCAGGGUCUGAGUGACACCGAGGAGUUUGUCAUCUACAAAGCUCUUAACUCCCUCACCUGUAUGUGUCAGCUGGGUCUGCUGCAGAAACCUCACAUCUACGAGUUCGUCAGCGACAUCGCUCCGUUCCUGUGUCACCCCAACCUGUGGAUCCGUUACGGGGCGGUGGGCUUCAUCACCGUCAUCGCUCAACACCUCAACGUGGCCGACGUCUACUGCAAACUGAUGCCCCACCUCAACCCCUUCAUCACGCAGCCCAUCAUCCAGAUCGAUAAGGAGCUGGUCCUCCUCAGCGUGCUGAAGGAGCCUGUCAGUCGCUCCAUCUUCGACUACGCGCUGCGCUCCAAAGACAUCGCCAGCCUCUUCCGCCACCUGCUGCUCCGACAGAAGAAGCGUGCAGGAUCCAUCCCAGAAUGCCCCACUCCGGACGACCCGGCCAUCGCUCAGCUGCUCAAGAAGCUGCUCUCACAGGGAAUGACCGAGGACGAGGAGGACAAGCUGCUGGCGCUCAAAGACUUCAUGCUGAAGUCCAACAAGGCCAAAGCCAACAUGGGCGAGCAGAGCCACCUGGGGGAGGCGGCCCAGACCGGAGUCAUCGACCUCGCCACGCUCGGCAUCAUGGGACGCCAGGUGGACCUGGUUAAACCUAAAGCUGAGGCCGAGGACAAGAGAGCGAGGAAGCACACGAAGCAGGACUCCACCAUGAACGAGGAGUGGAAGAGCAUGUUCGGAUCCCAGGAGCCGCCGUCCGCUCAGCCCGCCACGGCUGUUGACGGGCCUGCGAGUCAGAUCAGGAAGAGCGCCGUGGCCCCGACGUUGCCCGUGCUGCAGUCGGUGGCGAGUGGCCCCGCCUACCAGCGCCGCAUCAACACCUGCAAGACGGAGCUUCAGCAGCUGGUGCAGCAGAAGAGAGAGCAGUGCAGCGCCGAGCGCAUGGCCAAACAGAUGUUAGAGAGCGCCGAGUGGGAGAGCAGACCCCCCCCUCCAGGUUGGCAUCCCAAAGGUCUGCUGGUCGCUCACCUCCACGAACACAAAGCCGCCGUGAACCGCAUCAGAGUGUCAGACGAACACUCCAUCUUCGCCACGGCGUCCAACGACGGCACGGUCAAAGUGUGGGACAGUCAGAAGAUGGAGGGAAAGACCACGACCACCAGGUCCGUGCUGACUUACUCUCGUAUCGGCGGCCACGUGAAGACGUUGACCUUCUGUCAGGGCUCUCACUAUCUGGCGGUGGCGUCAGAUAACGGAUCCAUCCAGCUGCUGGCGGUCGAGGCCAAUAAACCCCCGAAGUCGCCCAAAGUGCAGCCGUCCCAGACGAGGUCUCUGGACCUUCAUCAGGAUGGCUGCGCGGUCGACAUCCACCAUUUUAACUCGGGCGCUCAGCCCGUGUUGGCGUAUGCCACCGUGAACGGCUCGCUGGUCGGCUGGGACCUUCGCUCCAACACCAACGCCUGGACGCUCCACCACGACCUCCGCCUGGGACUCAUCACGUCCUUCACCGUCGACGUGCACCAGUGCUGGCUCUGCCUGGGAACCAGCAGUGGCACCAUGGCAUGCUGGGACAUGCGGUUCCAGCUCCCCAUCUCAAACCAUUCCCACCCGGCCCGAGCACGAAUCAGACGGCUGCUGAUGCAUCCGCUCUACCAAUCGUCUGUGAUCGCCGCUGUCCAGGGGAAUAACGAGGUGUCGAUGUGGGACAUGGAGACGGGGGAUCGUAAAUUCACUCUGUGGGCGAGUUCUGCUCCUCCCCUCUCUGAGAUGCAGCCGUCUCCUCACAGUGUUCACGGGAUCUACUGCAGUCCUGCUGACGGGAACCCUCUGCUGCUCACUGCAGGGUCCGACAUGAGGAUCAGGUUCUGGGAUUUGGCGUAUCCCGAGCGGUCGUACAUCGUGGCGGGCGGCGCCAACGACUCGCUGCACUGCCCGUCUGUCCUGUACAGCCGGAAGAUCAUCGAGGGGACGGAGGUCGUGCAGGAGAUUCACAGCAAACAGAAGAGCGGCGUGGUGGAGGACUCGCCCCGCCGCGGCCCAGAAUCGCUCCCUGUGGGACACCACGACAUCAUCACGGACAUCGCCACCUUCCAGACGACGCAGGGCUUCAUCGUCACCUCGUCCAGAGACGGCAUCGUCAAGGUGUGGAAGUGAGCGGCGAGCGGCAUCGGACGCACAAACUUUUUCAUGUCUUUGGACUUGAUGAAGAGCGCUCUCUCUCACCCGCUCUGACACAGGAAGUCAUGAAGGUCAAUCUGUGAGAGGCGGGACACAUUGAUCUGUUUAUUCAGAAGAGAUGUCACUUUUCAGUUUUAACGGUAGAAGACGUCGUCCUCCUGCUGGAUGGUCACAUGGCGCUCUCUUCAGCCCCCCCGCCUCACAUUGCUCUGUUUGUGCACUUAGAGAGAACGUCUGUAUUUUUAAACAUUUGAUAAACUUCAUUCUGCGCUGAUGUGAAAGUUCACAAAGCGUUUUGUUGAACAUCUGAAAUCUGAUUGGUGUUCACAAAUCUGUGAGUGUCAGUGAAAUCUACUGAGAGAGAGAGAGAGAGAGGGGGAGAAUAGUGAGAGAGGGAGGGAGAGAGAGAGAGGGGGAUAGUUAUG